UCUCUCUCUCUCUCAUCGCCACUUUUUUAUUCACUGCUUCCUCCGUGCCCUAAACACCAAGGCGGAAAGGGGGAGCGAGACGGUACCCUGCGUUCUCUCCGACGUCGAAGAUUCCACGUUUUCUCCGCCCGACGCCUGCCGCCCGUCAGCUCGUGCUUAAGGCGGACACAGGCUUGCUUAUCCUCGCAAAUCAUGGAUCGCCGCCUGAACGAAAAUGAUCAUGAAGGUGUCAGCGUUGUAGGAUUUGAAGUUCCAGGAUCACCCGAGUCGAGCUACAAUAACCCUAUGCCAGGAAAUGAAGACGAAGCUCGAGAACCACCUCUCGUCCCUCCCCAUUUGCAUCAGACAUUACUGAACAGCCUACCCAGCCAAGACGAUCCAACCUGCCUCUCUGUGCCUGAAAAUGUGAUCCUCAAUCACCUAUACAUCGAGAACCGAGAAGCUCCAAGAUCUGUAGUUGCCAUGGGGAUCACUCACCGUUUCCUAUCGAAAUAUGUUACGGUUGUUCUUUACAAGCCGGUUCGUAGAAGGUGAAUUCGACUGCGAAAUUAUUUUUUCCCCACUUAUUUAUCGAUUUGAGUUAAUAUUCAAGGAAAAGGCUGAUUGCUGUACCCUAUUGAAAGCAAAAAAACUCACAACACAACUGUUCAUUGAUUCUAGCAUAUUCACCGUGAUUUAUAUAUUUGUAUCUUGUCGUGGGGAUAUUACUUUUUACUCCAAUUGAUUUUGGAUAUUCAGCAUCAA